AUGGCGUCAAUUUCUGAUAGUCUUCCUCGAUUUCUGGAAACUAUUGAGGUGUAUAUCUCAGCUGAUAAAAUGGUUAAUGGAGAAGUUGAUUGGUACAGGAUCCUUGGUGUGCAACCCUUGGCUGAUGAAGAAACAAUUCGAAGACGAUAUAGGAAAUUGGCUCUUACUCUGCAUCCUGAUAAAAAUAAAUCUGUAGAAGAUGGCUCCAAGACCUCCCCCUCAACCAGCCGAUCGGGAUUCCUCGAGCAACAACAACUUGUUGGAAUCGGUCAUUCAAGCCCUCCAACAACAAAAUGCCACAUUAACCCAGUAGAACACUAUUGCCCUGCAGAGUCUGGAAGCCGCUCGGGUAUCAACCGAGAACACCCAGUGACAAAUGAUGGAGAUGAUGCAGAGUAG